AUGGAUGCAAAACAGAAUACGUCCAAGUCAAUUGAAGAAGGUCACACUAGUUCUAGAUCAUCAUUGAAUGCUUCGAAAAUUUCAAAUCUAAGUUUGGGAUCAUCAAAUAGCAAUAACAAAGAAAUACCAAAAUUGGUAUAUAAUGAUAGUCUUGAAAUUAAAGAUUAUAAAAAAGAACAUACACCAUAUGGUGCUAGACUUACCUGGAAACUACCUGGCGAAAAUACUUUGGUUGUACAUCUGAAGAAUAAGAGAAAAAUAAGACAUAAAAAAAGAUGGAGUCAGGUUAUGUAUAUGUACUAUAUUCUAAAAUGGAAGUUGGAGCAAGAGAAAUUGGAAAUGCAGAAAUUGGCAGAAAAUUCCUAUAUUUUGGCUCUUGACGGAGAUGUCGAUUUUGAACCGGAAGCUGUCCUUAGUUUAGUCAGACGAAUGAAUAAAUCAAAUCUUGUUGGAGCAGCCUGUGGAAGAAUUCAUCCAAUAGGAUCAGGUCCAAUGGUGUGGUACCAGAAGUUUGAAUAUGCAAUAAGUCAUUGGUUGCAAAAGUCAACAGAGCAUGUAACUGGAUGUGUACUAUGUAGCCCUGGUUGCUUUAGUUUAUUUCGUGGGGCGGCAAUUUUAAAUCCUAAUGUACUCGAAACAUAUACAACAGUAUCGAAAGAACCGAAUGAUUAUAUACAAUAUGACCAAGGCGAAGACAGAUGGUUAUGUACACUCUUACUGAAACAAGGUUGGAAAGUUGAAUAUUGUGCAGAGUCUGAUUCUUACACAUAUGCACCAGAGGGAUUUUAUGAUUUUUACAAACAACGUCGCCGAUGGACACCUUCUACAAUGGCAAACAUACUUGAUCUUUUACUUGAUUACAAAAAUGUUACGAAAAACGAGAAUAUAUCGUCUCUUUAUAUCAUCUACCAAGCCUUGCUUUUUGUGUCAACUUUAUUAACACCAGGAACGAUCUUCAUGAUUAUACUAGGGGCUAUUAUAGUCGGCUUUGAAUCUAUACCACCUUAUCUUGCUCUGAUUUUGAAUCUCAUCCCCGUGGUUUUAUUUCUGAUAAUGUGCUUGUAUGCAUCUUCUGAAAGACAACUUCAGUAUGCAGCAGUUCUCUCCUGUAUAUAUGCAGUGGUAAUGGUGAUUGUACUUAUUGGUGUGAUACAAGAUGCUGCAGAUAAGCGUUUAUGUUCAACUACCACGAUAUUUUUCAUAUUUGUCGCUGGUGUUUUUGUUACAUCUGCAAUACUCCAUCCAAAGGAAUUCUUCUGUUUGCUGCAUGGUGUUUUGUAUUUUGUUGCGAUUCCAUCUAUGUCUAUGCUUAUGUUUUUGUACUCUAUUGGCAACCUGCAUGUUGUAUCAUGGGGAACACGAGAAACAAACAAAGAAAAUACCUCGACGAAAGCUAAAGCCGAAAGCAUGAAAAAUGAAGAAAAAGGAUAUUUUUGUAAAUUUGGAAGUUUCAUGAGGUAA